AUGGAGCCCCCCUCAGGCCCUUCCCGCAGGCGGUAUGUCCCCUGGAACAGGCUCCUGCUGGCAGUCUCACUCUUAACUUUCUGGCCCCUGCCCACCACUGCCCAGCUCACUAUUGAAGUGGUGCCCCCACUUGCUGCAGAAGGAUUGGAUGUUCUUCUACUUGCCCACAACGUGACAGAGAAUCCUCUAGGCUAUUCCUGGUACAGAGGAGAAAGGGUAGAAAACAGCCUGCUAAUUGCAUCAUAUAGAGCAGACACUAAUGUAACUACCAGUGGGUCUGUACACAGUGGACGGGAGACAAUUUACCCCAAUGGAACCCUGCUGAUCCAGAACAUCACCCAGAAAGACACAGGAUCCUACACCCUGCUCAUUUUAAAGAAUGAUUUACAGACAGAAAGACAGACUGGACACCUCAACAUACACCCGGUGCUACCCACACCCGUCAUCACCAGCAACAACUCCAACCCCUGGGAGCACGAGGACACUGUGGUGUUAACAUGUGGAUCUGAGACCCAGAACACCUCCUACAUCUGGUGGAUCAACAAUCAGAGCCUCCCCAACAGCACCAGGCUGGAACUGUCCGAGGACAAGAGGACUCUCACUGUGUUCAAUGUGACAAGGAAUGACACAGGACCCUAUGUGUGUGAAGCCCGGAACCCAGUGAGUGUCCGCCGCAGUGACCCAUUCACCCUGAAUGUUCUCUACCCAGUGGCACGGCCCUCCCUCCAAGCCAGCAACACCACCGUCACAGAACAUGAGGGUCCCGUGGUCCUGACCUGCCUCACAAAUGAGACUGGGGUCUCCAUACGCUGGUUCUUCAAAGGCCAGAGUCUCCUCCUCACAAGGGGGAUGACACUGUCCCUGGACAAUAGCACCCUCACCAUAGACCCCGUCAGCAGAAAGGACGACGGGGAUUAUCACUGUGAGGUCUCCAACAGGGGCAACUCCAGCAAAAGUGACCCCCUCAGGCUGCAUGUGCAAUAUAAACCAACACCAGAAAGUUCCUCUGACCUCUCAGCUGGUGCCAUUGUCGGCAUCGUGAUUGGAGCUGUGGCUGGGGUGGCUCUGAUAGCAGCCCUGGUGUAUUUUCUGUACCUCAGAGAAACUACACGGGCAACUGACCAGCGCGAUCUCACAGAGCACAAAUCCUCAGAUCACAACCACAGUCAAGGACACUCUGACAGUUCACCUGAAAAGGUUAAUGAAGUUGAAUAUUCCUCCCUGAACUUCAAUGCCCAGGAAUUAAAAAAGAAAGCAACUUCAGCCUCCCCAUCUCCAACACAUACAGAAACAAUUUAUUCAGAAGUGAAAAAACAGUAA